AUGGCGCUGCGGCCCGGGCCCGGCGCGGGGGGCGCCGGCGGGGCGGGCGGCGGAGCGGCCGGGGCCGCCAGGUCGGUGGUGACCGGGAGCGGCGGGCGAGGGGCUGCGGAGAGGGAGCGGACAAAGGGCGGGUUGGGCCCCCCUCAAGGGAUGAUUCCUAUGCAACAGCAGGGGUUUCCAAUGGUUCCUGUCAUGCAGACCAACAUGCCAGGGAUGAUGGGAAUGAAUUAUGGCUCUCAGAUGCCUCCUGGACCCAUGGCCAUGCAGGGUGGCAUGGCCCUGGGGCCGAUGCCAGCAGCUGGAAUGCCCUACAUGGGACAGGCCUCCUUCCUGGGAAUGCGCCCCGCUGGUCCCCAGUACGGCCCCGACAUGCAGAAGCAGUUUGCAGAGGAGCAGCAGAAGAGGUUUGAGCACCAGCAGAAGUUCUUAGAGGAAGAAAGAAAACGGCGGCAGUUUGAAGAGCAGAAACAAAAGCUGAGACUUCUGAGCAGUGUGAAACCCAAGACAGGUGAAAAAAGCAGAGAUGAUGCUUUGGAAGCCAUUAAAGGGAACUUAGAUGGCUUUUCUAGAGAUGCUAAAAUGCACCCAACACCAGCAACACAUCAAAAAAAGCCAGAUCAUCCCACACCAUCCCAUUGUGCUGUAACUGUUUCCCAUUCUGCUUUUCUUGAUGAUGAAGAAUUUAGUGACUUUAUGCAAGGGCCUGUUGAAACCCCCAAACUGGUGCCUCAAUCCACCUCUCAGCCUUUCCAUCCUGCCACUGAGGCUGGGCAGCUGCUUUCAGAGAGGGCUGUGCUCCAACCUGUCCCUCCAGCCCAGGCUCCAGUGCUAUCCACCCUGCAUGGUACAGCUGGGCAGGUUCCUUAUUUUCCUACCUCUGCAUCUCCAUCCAAUACCCAUAAAACAGGCUCUUCCUUGGAGGAGAAAGCCUUAGCUAAUGGCUCAGAUGAAUCUGAACAAGAGCAAACCAAACUUAAAACGUCCGAAGUUGGGCACAAAGCCUCGGCUGCAAGCCAAGCCCAUCCCAGUCUCACCAGCAGUGACUGGGAUGUUGUAGGUGGACAUGAAAGUGGUCCCACUGCUGCUGCAGAGGUGCACAAGGCUUCAGAACAAAACAGAGCAGUUGAAGAGUGUGGAGUUGGAGUGUUCCCUCCCCAGGACCCCAUCCAGCAAAUUAUGCCUCCCUGGAUUUACAACGACAGCUUGGUCCCAGAGCUGUAUAAGAAAAUCUUAGAAACCACUCUGACUCCUGCUGGGAUUGACACAGCCAAGCUCUACCCCAUCCUGAUGUCCUCAGGACUGCCCAGGGAGACCCUGGGGCAGAUCUGGGCCUUGGCCAACCGCACCACGCCCGGGAAGCUCACCAAGGAGGAGCUCUACUGUGUGCUGGCCAUGAUUGCAGUGACCCAGAGAGGGAUCCCUGCCGUGAGCCCUGACGUGCUGAACCAGUUCCCAGCCGCGCCCGUCCCCACCCUGUCCGGCUUCCCGGUGCCGCUGCCCGCCGGGGUGAGCCAGGCCCCGCUGCUGCCCGCGGCUGCGCCGGCCUCCGUGGGGCUGGGCAUGGGCCCCUCCGUCAUGGGCAUGGGCAUCCCCGGCCCUGCCCCUGCCCCGGCCCCGGCUCCAGCUCCGGCUCCAGCCCCAGCUCCAGCCCCGGCUCCGGCGGGAGCAGCUCCCGCACCGCCCUCCGGAGCCUUCCUGCCCUCCUACCCGCCCGGCCAGGUAGUAAAACCAGAAGAUGAUGACUUCCAGGAGUUUCAGGAUGCCUCCAAGUCUGGCUCCCUGGAUGACUCCUUCACUGAUUUCCAGGGGGAGGCAGCCAAAGCAGCCAGCUCACAGCACCGGAGCAGUGUUCCUUCUUUACUAAUGCCACUCCCAGGUACUAAGCCACUUUCACCAGCUGACAAAUAUGCUGUGUUUAAAGGAAUGGCAGCUGAGAAGCCUUCUGAGAGUGCAGCUGCUUUUGGAGAUGGAGGGGACAAGUACAGCGCUUUCCGGGAAUUAGAGCAACCAGCAGAAAGCAAAUACUUGGGAGAGAACCUUGCAGAGUUCAAGCCCACAGGAGCCGACGAUGGCUUCACAGAUUUCAAAACCGCUGACAGCAUCUCCCCGUUAGAGCCACCCUCAAAGGACAAAACCUUCCCUGCACCCUUCCCUCCUCUGCCUGCUCAGCCAAAACAGCCAACACAAGCCAAGACCCCUUUGAAUCUGGCAGACUUAGAGCUCUUUUCCUCUCCUGGAGAAAACAAGCAGCCACCCUUCCCACCUGCAUUCAACACCUCAAAGCCGGGCUCCUUUCCCCCUCCACCCCUUCCAUCAGCCUCUGCCCAGCCAGCACCCAGCAAAACUUCAAGCUUAGCUGAUGACUUUGGAGAGUUCAACCUCUUUGGGGAAUUUUCUAACGGCGCAUCAGCCAGUGGACAAGAUGACUUUGCAGAUUUUAUGGCUUUCAACAACAGCGGGGGCUUUUCCGAACAAAAACCCGAGGACAAAUACAAUGCGCUCAAGCUGGAGGCCAGCCCUGGUGCUCAGGCUGGCUCCUCAGGCAGCACAGUGAAGGGUGGGCAGAGCUCUGCCACCACUGCUACGCCCACCAAGUACGACAUCUUCAAGCAGCUGUCCCUGGAGGGCUCCGGGGCGGCCUUCGAGGAGGCCAAGGACAGCGCGCUCUCCUCGGCCAAGAGCGACGAUGACUUUGCUGACUUCCACUCCAAGUUUUCUUCCAGCGGCGCCGAGAAGUCGCUGGUGGACAAAGUGGCAGCUUUCAAGCAGGCCAAAGAAGACUCUGCUUCAGUGAAAUCCCUGGACCUGCCCUCCAUCGGCGGCAGCAGCGUGGGCAAGGAGGACUCCGAAGACGCGCUGUCUGUUCAGUUUGACAUGAAACUGGCUGAUGUGGGAGGAGAUCUUAAGCAUGUCAUGUCUGAUAGCUCUUUGGAUUUGCCAACAGUUAGUGGCCAGCAUCCACCAGCAGCAGAUGUGGAUGACUUUAAGGGCGGCCCGUUUGGAAGCUGUCCCGGUGGCUCUGCGCUCAGCAGCCUGGCGAGCUCCGACAGGGACCAGCAGGACAGGGACAGGGACAGGGACAGGAGGCUGCCCUGCUCCGCCCAGCCCCCGGGCAGCGGCUCCUCCGCCGCCACCGCCGUCCUCCAGAAGAAGGAGACCUUCUUUGGCAGCUCGGAAAACAUCACCAUGACGACAGUUUCCAAAGUGACCACCUUCUCCAGCGAGGAUGCUCUGCAGGACGUUUCCUUCGAGCCCUUUGCCAACUUUAAGGACUCGGGGCCGGUGUCCGGCGACGACGACCUCGGGGACUUUGGGGAUUUUGCCAGGAUUCCCUCGGAAGCUCAGGAUGCAGCAGCAGCUGACACGGCCCUGGGCGCUGAUUUCCUCGCUGGGGCCUCCUCUGAGCUGCGGAGAGAGGCCACGGAUGACUUCGGGGAGUUCCAGAGUGAAAAACCAAAAAUCAGCAAGUUCGACUUCUUGGUGGCAACUUCCCAAGGCAAGGUGAAAUCCAGUGAGGAGAUGAUCAGGAGUGAGCUGGCCACCUUUGACCUGUCUGUGCAAGGGUCUCACAAGAGGAGCCUGAGCCUGGGGGACAGAGAAAUCAGUCGCUGCUCCCCGCUGCCAGCCCUGGAGCAGCCGUUCAGGGACCGCUCCAACACGCUGAGCGAGAAGCCAGCCCUGCCCGUGAUCAGGGACAAGUACAAGGACCUCACGGGGGAGGUGGAGGAGAGUGAGAGGUAUGCCUACGAGUGGCAGAGGUGCCUGGAGAGCGCCCUGCAGGUCAUAAAGAAAGCCAACGACACCUUAAAUGGAAUCAGCAGUUCAUCUGUGUGCACUGAAGUCAUCCAGUCUGCCCAAGGCAUGGAAUAUUUACAGGGGGUUGUUGAAGUCUACAGAGUCACAAAGAGGGUGGAGCUGGGCAUCAAAGCAACUGCAGUGUGCAGUGAGAAGCUGCAGCAGCUGCUGAAGGAUAUUGAUAAAGUGUGGAACAACCUGAUCAGCUUCAUGUCCCUGGCUGCUCUAACGCCAGAUGAAAACUCCCUGGAUUUCUCCUCCUGCAUGCUGCGCCCGGGGAUCAAGAACGCGCAGGACCUUGCCUGUGGAGUGUGUCUGCUGAACGUGGAUUCCAGGAGCAAAAAAGAAGAGAAACCUGUGGAAGAGCUUCCCAAAAAAGCCUUUAAUUCAGAGACAGAUAACUUCAAGCUGGCGUACGGAGGGCACCAGUACCACGCCAGCUGUGCCAACUUCUGGAUCAACUGUGUGGAGCCCAAACCCCCAGGCCUCAUCCUGCCAGACCUGCUCUGAGAGCAGCUGCACUGCAGGUGGAGCCUUGGUCUCAUCCUGCAGGACCUGGGGUAACUGCUCUGCUGGAGGCUGCACCUGGGACCAGCCUUUGCAACCUUUGGGGUUGAUUUUUGGUCCAAAAAUCAACAGAUUAAAGCCACUGUUACAGAUGGGGAAGAAUUCACUUGUAAUGGCCAAGGUUUCAGGAGUAAUUGGAUAAUAUAAUAUAGUAUGGCGAA